CGGUAUGACGACAAUUUCGCACGAAGUCUCUUCACUAGCAGUUGGAGUCGAAAAGCUACGACAUAUAUAUAGAGCUGCCAAAGAAACGGCGAAGCGGUUGCCUGCGAACUUAAGGAUAGAUCCUCGUGGUGUAUUUUGUAAUAAUGCUUUAAACUUGAAAGAUAUAACUGUUUAUGGUUUUGACUAUGAUUAUACUCUAGCCGUUUACACCCGAGCAAUCAACAAACUUAUUUAUGAUCUCUCUGUGGAGCGAUUAAUUGAACAUUUUAAGUAUCCACGUGGCCUACUGGAUAUACCAUAUGAUCCGACCUUUGCAAUAAGAGGUUUACACUAUGAUAUAGCCAACAGUUGCCUCCUGAAGGUAGACGCUUUCUCGCAAAUUGAAAACGGCACUGUCUAUAGGGGUCGAGUUAAACUACCAAAGGAAGAGAUUCUCAGGAUUUACAGAAAUUUCUCUCUCUCAAAAGCCAAAGAACGCCAUUUGAUGCAGUUGAGUGAUCUGUUCAGUUUGCCUUGGGCUGGCUUGUUGUCAACUGUUGUGCAGUAUUUUGACGAUAACUCAAUUGUCUUCGACCCGCUAUGUACAUAUCAGGAUGUCGCUGCAAGUGUGCAGUAUGUUCACGAGUGUGGAAGUAUGCACAGCAAUAUAAUUGCUAAUUUGGAGCAGUAUGUUCACAAAAACACUGGUUUAAAAGAUUACCUCACAAGACUGAUCUCAAACGGGAAGAAACUUUUUAUUAUCACAAACAGUCCAUUUUCCUUCAUGAGUCGCGGGAUGUGUUAUAUGCUUGAUGAUGAUUGGCGGACCUAUUUUCAGUAUAUUGUUGUCAUGGCAAAAAAACCAGGCUUCUUCCAGGGCCGCGCCCCGUUUAGAAGGUAUCAUGAAGAAGACGAUAGCUUGUCGUAUGAAAAGGUUACAUCUUUGGAACCUGGAAAGAUAUAUGCUGGGGGGCACAUUUCGGAGCUCUCUAAACAGCCAUUAUUCAGAAACAGACAGGUCCUUUAUUUUGGUGAUCAUAUCUAUUCAGAUCUUGCUGAUCCAAUGCUAAUGCUUGGCUGGCACACAGCCGCCAUUGUUCCAGAAGUUGCGCGCGAAAUACGGUACCAGAACGACGAGGACUAUCAAAAAUCAAUUAAUUGGAUAGAGUAUUUAACAUUGCUGGUAGAAAAAUACCAAAAGUACUCACAGUCUGAUCCGCAAAUCAAGGCACUUAUUCGUGAAUGGCUGGACGAAAGAGCAGAAAUAAGGGAGAGGACAAAAACGAUGUUUAAUCCGCAGUUUGGCUCCAUUUUCCGCACGCACCACAAUAUGACGGUUUUUUCAAGAAGUUUGAGCCGCUUUGCAGAUAUAUAUACUAGUCGCUUACCGAAUAUGCUGAAAUAUAGUGACCAUCAUAGGUUCUUUCCAAGGCGUUACGCUCUACCACACGAAUGUUUGAAUAUCAAGCCCCCUUCACUAAGUGAUUUCCAUUUAUAAAG